AAACAUGGUGGCGUCGUGCCCGCCCCCUUGGCUUCUUCCUGUCUCUUGGGUUAGUCACCUUAGCUACUAGUUUGCGAUGGCGGCAUCCGUGGCGGUGUCUCGUUGUCUGCGGAGCCUGCUGAUACGACGAGUGAUGGCUCCCACCCCCCUAGGUCUCAGCCUUAGGCUUUGCCCCAUGAGCUCCAUUGCUCAAGAUGAGACCUCCACAGCAGCCCCCAGAGAUGCGCCAGACUACAACUAUGAGUCCCUUCGGGUGACAGAGGCUCAGAAACACAUCCUGCAUGUGCAGCUAAACCGGCCUGAGAAGAGGAAUGCCAUGAACAAAGCCUUCUGGAGAGAGAUGGUGGAGUGCUUCAACAAGAUAGCACAAGACCCCGACUGUCGGGCUGUGGUGAUCUCUGGUGCAGGAAAAUUGUUCAGUGCAGGUAUCGACCUUAUGGACAUGGCUUCGGAAAUCCUACAGCCCCAAGAUGACGUAGCCCGCACCAGCUGGUACCUCCGUAGCCUCAUCAGCAAAUACCAAGAGACCUUCAGUGUCAUCGAGAAGUGUCCAAAGCCCGUGAUCGCCGCCAUCCAUGGGGCCUGCGUUGGUGCAGGCGUGGACCUCAUCACUGCUUGUGACAUCCGGUACUGUGUCCAGGAUGCUUUCUUCCAGGUGAAGGAGGUGGACAUAGGUUUGGCGGCUGACGUAGGAACGCUGCAGAGACUGCCCAAAGUCAUCGGAAACCAGAGCCUGGUCAACGAGCUGGCCUUCACUUGCCGCAAGAUGAUGGCUGAUGAGGCCCUGGGCAGUGGGCUGGUCAGCCGGGUGUUCCCAGACGAGGUGCGGAUGCUUGAUGCGGCCUUCGCCCUGGCGGCUGAGAUUUCCACCAAGAGCCCCGUGGCGGUACAGAGCACCAAGAUCAACCUGGUCUACUCCCGCAACCAUUCGGUGGCCGAGGGCCUCAAUUACAUGGCCACCUGGAAUAUGAGCAUGCUGCAAACCCAGGACAUCGUUAAGUCUGUCCAGGCUGCAGUGGAGAAGCAGGAACUGAAGAACGUCACCUUCUCCAAGCUCUGAGAGCCACCGAGGCCCAGGGUCUGGCUGCCUCCCACCUCACUCCCAUUUCCUCAUCCCCAGAGAAGGAGAGUUAGUAAAGAUGGUCGCUGGUGCCUUCUCCCUCGAUCUCCCAGUUUCUAACCUAACUCUGAUUUCCUCAUGCCCAGGGCCUUAUCUUCACCCGAACAAUAAAGCAACUUAAUGAA